CACUCAUUGUUCCUGUUACUUCCUAAAACCAUUGUCCCGGUUUUCUCUCUUCUAUGCGAUUUGAGAUUUAGAUUAUAUAAUUCCAAUAGAUGAAAGGGUACCGAAACAAUCUCCACCGUUCGAUCAUUUCCAGCGCUGCGCCAUGUGGCAUUACGUGGGCUCACUUCGCUGUCAUCUUCCUCUCCCUUACGUUCCUCCGCCGCGUCGAUGCGCAGCCUGGCACUGAGUUGCAGAACAACUCGUAUGGAUACCUGGCCAACUUCAACUCGUCAAUGGCCAUCGUCAUCGUCUUCCUUGUAUGCGCCUUCUUCCUCAUGGGAUUCUUCUCCAUUUACCUCCGCCGCUGCGCCGAUUCGCAAACCGUAGCCGGAAACGCCCCGCGUGCUUCAACGAGAGCCUCACGCAGGCGUCAGGGCAUAGAUCCAGUGGUGAUCGAUACUUUUCCGAUCUUAUUCUAUUCUGCGGUCAGAGACCUCAAGAUCGGAAGGGGCGCCCUCGAGUGCGCGGUUUGCCUGAGCGAGUUUGAUGACUCCGGAACGCUGCGUUUGUUGCCCAAAUGCGACCACGUCUUUCAUCCGGAAUGCAUCGACGCCUGGCUAGCUUCUCAUGUGACGUGUCCAGUUUGCCGGACUCUACUUUCGCCUGAAUCCGGCACCGUCUCCAGUUUCUCGGUCACGCCUACGACGACUGAAUCGAUCGACGAGUCAAGUCGGGAAAGCUCUAGAGCUGAACUCAGCGAAUCAAAUCAUGAUCAUUUGGUGGUGAUCAACGUGAACGAAAAUCAGCCGCCAAUACCAAGAGCAGCGGGAAAAUUACCGAGGUCACACUCGACGGGUCACUCACUGAUUCAACUUGGGGAGUGUACGGAUAGGUACACGUUAAGAAUACCGGAGGAGUUGAGGAGACAGUUGGCUAUUAAGGGUGGGAAUAAGCUGAAGCGUUGUUCCAGCUACGACGUCGUAUUUGGAGGGGUGGAGAGUUCAAGGAAUGGGUAUAGGAGUGGCGGAGAAGGGAGUAGAGAGAAGACCGGUGUGGACCGACAAGCCGGGCGUUUUGAACCUUGGAUCUUCACAAUGACGCCGCCCUUCAUUUCGAGGGGUGGUCCCGUUAAGUCACCUAAGGCUGGUAGUGACGGACGGUGAUGCGGUGUGUGUACGGUGAAACGUCUUUAAAGUCCGUCUCUGUUAUAUUGUCCUUAAGCGGAGGCUGAGUUAUCCAAGACUCGGUUUUGAAUUGCUAAGUUACUUAUUUGGGCAAUUCCAAUAUGGGGAUAUAGCUAAGCAAUGAUAGAAUAUAUGGACACUUUAAAUUAUCAAAUACCAAUACUUUUGUGAUGUUUCAUCUUAAUUUUAUAUUUUUGAGUAUUUGUAUAUAUUGUAAAUAAUCUUUUUCCUACAUUAUAUAUUUAUGUGUUAUGGUUAA